GUUUGAUUUUAAAUUCUUUCAACUGUUUUCCAAAUUCCUCUACGAUGUUGUUAUUUCAACUAUAAUAUUUAGGUAAAUCCCACUCACUCAUUCGUCAGGAAAAAUGUGUCAAUAAGGUUUUUACAGUUGACUUUUAUUCCCUGCGGACUGCAAUCACCAUCGGAACGCAUGAUCAACUCGUGAUUGAGAUGCAUUUUAAUAGCAAUAGACAACCUUAAGAUGAAAGAAAGUGAAAAAUUGAAUGCCAGUCCAGCCCCUGAGGCUGACAGCACUGGAACUGUACCUUCUGAUGCAGAGCUGCUCCAGGUCCUGCUCCAUGGAACUCCAGCAGAAAGACUGGAUGUGCAGUCAGCUAUUGUCAGGAGAGCUUCAACUGCAGGCACAGUGGAAUUUGACUGGUCAAUUGUGGAAGAAAAAGAUAUGGUACAAAUAUUUGCAUCCCUGCAAAAAGAUAUGACAGGACCAAAGAGCUCUUCUGAAGUUCUUCAUAAUUCUGUGUCUAUUGCAAGUCUCAUAAUGAGCCGUUCUUACAUAGUUGAUUUGUUGCCUUUGUCAUAUCAUGAUGAAAUGGCUAAAACUCUCAUACAAGUCGUCAAGAAAGAAAACGAUAAGAAAAUUGUGUCCCGUGUCCUAUGGGGAUUUGCAAAAGAAAAGUAUCCCAUUGCUGUUUAUCAUAAACAUUGUGAUGAACUGAUUGAUAUAAUUGUGGAUGCUCUGAACGAAAAACAAUCUCUUGUAAUUGUGACAGAAGGACUCAAGGUAUUACUUAUUCUACUGAAGACUUCCAGUCGGAUGGUAGUAGAUAGAGCUGUUGACUUCUAUUCUGAAAUUUUCCCUCAGCUCUUCCAUGGCAACACUCAGGUACGCAGGCUUUCUCUUAAAUGCACGCAAGCAUUGCUUGAUCAGCCUGACUCAGUGGAAGUGCUCAGUGCUGUUGUAAAGAAAGCUGUUCCUGAAAUCAAAGCUUCUUACUCCAAGGUCCUUUGCACAUUGAUGGAUGAUGGUCAGUGUGCCUUAGAGUCUCUUAUUAUAUGGCAAGUCUGUGUCAAGCUGCUUGGCCGGCAGCUGCACAGUGGAACAACUCUCAUCAAUUCUUUGUUGUCAGUGAUAGAACGUGGCUUCAAAAGUCCUGAAAGCCUUGUCAGAAUAGAGGCUUUCCAGUCUUGGUCAUGUCUGAUAGAUAAUUUUAGACUUGAAAAGUCAGUUCUGUGUAGCAACAAACGUUUGCGUCUUCUCAUGGCUCCUUUCCUGGCCAAUAAUGCCAAGAAUGAAGAAAUUGCUGAUGCUAAAUUAACUUCAUGGUGGCAUUUAUUGUGUUCUGUGGAUUCUCACAUUGUUGAAAAUAAUUUUGAUAUGCUUGUUGUGCCACUGUUGCAGCUUUGCUUCAAAGCUCCUAUUGUCUCAACAUCGCCUAAAAGUGCUAGCCUUGUAGCAAAGCAUCUGAGCUCAACUUCUAGUGUUGCCACAUCUUUUUCCAAGAAAAUGCACCUCAAAUUAGUCCACGUUCUUUUCUACCUUCUUAAAAGGGAGAAUGCAAAUUCCCUUCUUCCACCUGAUGGUGGCUUGGAACCAUUGCUGCGACCAGUAAUGUCAGCAACUCAUUAUAGCAAGCACCACAGUUUGAUCAACACCAGUUUCCAUGAAGUCUUGCAUGUCAUAGUAAAGCUGAAGUGCGAUUCCAUGUUACUGGGGGAAAUUUCCGAAUCAUUAAUUUCACUUUUAGGUGAGCAACUGAAAAACCCAAACUCUCGUGAAGGUGCUGAAUCUCUUAAAGGAUUGUAUGACAUUUUGAAGAGCUGUUCUAUUGAAUGUUGUGCUGAAGCUCCAGACCAGAAUGAGGAAGUGGCCAAGGCAUUGAACUCUACCUUGUUGCAAGUGAUAAACUCGAUGGUCAGUGGGGGAUCAGCUUUCCCUCUUGCUGUCCUCUCAUCAAGACACUAUCAUGUUGGUGGAGCAGGAGUCAACCUCAUGAGAGGAACGUUGGCCUCAAGUCUUCUAGAUUUCUUGUUUUUGCCCUCAGUGUUCUGCCGCGCAGCAUCUUCUGACUGUUACUUUGCGUUGCUCGAGAAUCUAUUUGCAAGCUACCAAACAGACGGCUUGUCCCGACUAGCAUUCAUUGAAGGUGCAAGCUCGGGUCUCGCUGGCUGCCUCUCUACCGCCGCCAUAAGUCUCGCCUCUGCCGAGUUGACAGGCAAAGAUUCCUGUCACUUUGGCAGUCCUUCGCAAACUGCAGACGUUGCAUCAAAAAUUUGGAUCAUCAUAGCAAAGGCUCUGCAGGCGUCUAUUGAAGAAACUGGAACAAUUGACAAUGGAGAUGGAAGUGAGCACGACUUCAGCAGUGUGUACAGCGUGCUGCUGCUGCCUCUGCAGCACACAUCUACUCUACUCUCGGACUUGCAGCAAGUUCAACUGAAGGCAUUGCUGGAUCAGUGGUGCGGUGUGUAUCGCUGCUUCGCCCGGCUUGCUCAUCUGUCUCUUGCGCCACCAAACUGCACAGCUCAGCACAUUUCCAAACUUCUGUCGGAGACGUUGCAGCGUCUCUCUGGUCCCCCGGACCUGCACGGCAAUGUUCUGGUCUUUUUUUGUGGCCUGGCAGCGUGUUGUGCUUCUGUCUUCUGCUACUCUAAACUCAUCACGUCUGUACGAGAUGGGCCCGGUGGUCGCAAGAAGGCACACAAUCUACAAGAACUGGAGGGGCUAACCGCUGUUGUGGUGGAGUUGUCGGCGCGCGUACUGCGUAUGGUCGGCCAGCAAAGACAAGCUACUGCUCGCCACCUCACUGCAGCUCUCAGCGCUCUGCUGGGCGGCCCCAAGCAAGCUAAACUCAUCGUCGCCCUGCUUGUUGCUCUCCUCGGUACCUUCACUGACAUUGUUGCGGUUAAUCCAAGCGUGCGGUACGGACAUGAGAUCGCGCUGGAGAUCAUCAAGGCGUUCGAGAUGUACUGCACUCUCAUCGAGGAACACCGAGUCCUGAGCUCCGCUGAUGCUUCGAAAGUGGUACCUCUGGUACAGAAAGCAUUGGAAUCAACACACACGGCCAUAGUCCAGAAAAUAUUUAGGCUGUGGAACAACAGCGACAAGAAGGCGCUCCCUGAAAAUCUGGUGGCAGAGACUAACAAGAUCGCCGCUCGCCAGAACUUGUCCCUACCCACGAGAGUUUCUGAAAGCCUGUUGCCUCAAUCAAGAGCUGCUGAUGUUGGAUCUCCCGCUACCACGCCUAAAGGGAAGAGGCAUUCAGCAAUCGCUUCUUUUGGGAAGCCGUCGCCUAAAGUCUAUUCUCCAGCAAGAAAAAUGGCGGCUCCAUCUGCCCGCCUCAACACGCUCAUAGAAAAGAAGUCUACUGCUAUAUUACCCUUGGAUGAUGAUGAUGUGGAAUUCGUGGCAAUCAACUCUCCUGUAGGAGGGCGUAAGCGCAUCUUGACGCCCCACCAGCGCGAGAAGCUGCAGGAACGGCGCUGCGACAUCCCGGCGCUCUACAGCGACCUGUCGCAGCAAGCCUCACAGUCCUUCCUCGACCCUACAUUCAACAGUUCAAGCAAGGAUAAUGAAUCACAGAGCUGCUUUGCUACUGAAGAGCGUGACUCCACGAAAAAUACAUUGGAAACAGAGGCAAAGAAAGAAGAAACAACGGUUGACCAGCCGAAAGAGAUUGCUCCCGUGGAAGAUCCUAAGAAUCUACCUACUUCUUCUGGAAUAAAUUUACUUGAGAUUUUUAGCAAGCUUGAGGAUAAGGAAACUUCUUUGCCAACAGAAGAUAAAAAGAAGUUAUCUACGUUGAAAAAUGGUAAUUCUGCGUUGUCUGAAACGGAAAGAAUCGACAAUGUUGGCUCUAUAAUUAACAGGAGCUCCAACGAGAGUGAAAUAAGGAAUGGGUGUGAAAACUCCGAUUCCGAUGACGAAAUUCCUGACUCUCAAGCUGGGGAGAUUGAUGACCAAAUAAAAAGAAAGAGCAUUUUCAGCGGCUUAGCCAGCCAGGCAUUGGGAAGCUUCAGGUGCAGUCCAAAAAUCACGUCCAGCAUCGACGGAGUGGAACCUCUUGUUCCUGGCAGCACUCGGACUUCGCAGCGCAAGUCGAUCAAAUCCUCGGACGAACAUGCAACUCUAACCAGAUAUUCCUCUAAAUCUAUCACUCCAAAUAAACUUCUUGAUGACCGUAAGGAUUCUGUGAACGAUGAAUUGCCGCCACCAACUGACAACAGUGAGGUAAAUGAAGUUGAAAAUAUUGAUGCAUGUACAUCCUCUCGUGAUUUGAGUGUUCAAAUACAGAGCAAGGUCUGCCCAUUAAACCUACGUUCAACGCCUUCAAAAUUGAAGGACAUUCCCUGUGAGAAGAAAGCUACACCUAGUAAAAUAACGCGAUCUGGUCGGAAAAUAGUGCCGCCCAAGAAAGAUAUGCCAGAGCCGAUGACUCCUCCGGGUCUUACAUCGUGCAGUAAGAAAUAUGCUGUUGUAAAGAUGGGACCUCUUGCUCCAUCUACCUCGGCGAAAACUGUUGGGGCUACGCUCGAUGUAUCUGCCGAUAAUGAAAAAUCAGAUGAAGCCAAUACUGCUCAGCAAACAAGAAGCUUAAAAAGUCAUGACGACAACAGUCUGAAGAAGUCUGUACCCGUGAAAAACAUUCAAAAGAAAAUAACUGAUGUGUUUGCGAGCUUGAGUGAUCGGAAAGCUGCAAGUCCUUCAACUGAUUCUCGAGUGAUUAGUGAAGUGGAAAAUGGGAAAGAACUCACUCUUACGACAGAAACUAGGAACCCCAAAAGCUAUUCCCGCAGAUCUGUAGCCAGUGCGUCUGAGGUCGCCUUUGCAGAACUUACUCAACAUCAGGAUGUUGGAGGUAAAAGUUCUGCAAUAGACCCCAAAAACAAGACAAAUUGUUCCAAGCCAAACAACGAGCUUCAAACUAAACCUGUUCCGACAGCCAUUUUGAUAGAUGAAAUGCAUUCUGGGCUGGCAAAUGAAAAAUCUAAUGAUAAUGAUGUCCUAUCGGAGGCAUCAUUGAACAAUGACAAGAAUCAGGAUCCAGAGGUUAUUAACGCAACUAGUGUCCCGUCUGAAGUAAUUGAUGCAUUUGCUCUCGAAGAGCGGAUAAAACCAAGUCAUGAAGUUGAAGAGCAGGUAAGGGAAAAAUUAAUUGAUGAUGAGGAAAUUAACUCUGAAAUGAUUGAGAGAUCAAAUGACUCUGAUCGUCCUGUUACAUCUGACAACCAAAGUUCUGCUAGUGCCUCCGCAAGUAGAACGAGAAGUAAACGAGUGAGAAAAUCCGUUAAUGAAUUGCAGAAUUCUCUAGCUGUAAGAAGUAAACGGGGACGCUUAGUAAAGCCGAUAGAAAGUUCUGACCAAGGUUAUGGAGUUCAGUCGGAAGAAUCUUCGUCUGUGCUUGACUCUGAUGAUGAAACCCUCUCUAGUAAACGACUCAAGUCCGGAGACAAAAUUGACGCAACGAUCUCGAGCAUAAAAGAAAUUUCAGUGCCUAAACUUUCUCGUGACGACUCUACGUCCGUCAUUUUAGGUAAAUCUCCCGAUAAAAAUCCAACUAUCACGGAGGCAUCUUGUGAUAACCCCUCAAGUAAUUCAGAUUCGUCAUCGUUCCUGUCAUCUUCGAUGGAAACGUCAGACAAAGACUCGAGUCAGAGUUCAUUGGUUUGUGAUGCUGCAGUCGAGAACCCUGUUCUCACAAAAAGCACCAGUGAAGAAAACGAUAUGAGCGCUUCUAAUAUCCAGCCGGCAGUCGGCAAGCGUGGAAGUAAGCGUCUUCGAAUGCAUGAAAAUACUAACGAUGAUUCCCCAGCAAAACGAAGAAAUACUCGCAGUCUAACUGACUCAGUCAAAAACACUGUAGGAGUAAAUGAUCAAAACAAACUGAGAAGUUCAAGAUCUCGUGGCUCUCACCGAAGUACCCGUGCUAACAGCGCUAGGUCGGAGCCCAGUGAUGAGAGUGACAACGCAUUUGAUAACGAAAAAAUUAACGCAUCUCGUAAGAAAGUUCCAGAGUCUCAGGAAAUAGGUGACAUUUCUAAGCCUAGUGAGACAUUUGUGAGCGAGCAAAAAUCCAACAUUACUCCCAAGGAAAAGGAUGUUGAUCACGAAUUAUUCCGAGAACAAGGAGCCAUAAUCAAUUUGAAUAGUCAUCAAUCUUCGGCAGGUGGCAAAGAAACAUUAGAAGAAUCUAUGGAACUUUGUGUACAGGAGGGAGAGGGUCCUGCGUCAACAGAGAAAGACCUACGGAAACUAGAUUCAUCUACUCAAAAAACCUCGGAGUGCAAAUUGGGCGAAGAGGCUUCAACAUCUGACGAGAGAACGACUGGCAAGGACCACAACAUCAACGCCUUUGUAGAAACCAAGCUUACGGAGUUGGAAUCUCCAAUGCUGCACUCUAGUGACGGUGACAUUCCUAAAGAUAAUACUGAAGAAUGUUCAAUUGCCACAAAUUAUACUAAGUCACAAACGGAUGAACCAAGCGCAGAGUUACGAGUGGAGCCACAAAAUACCUUAGAUUGUCACGUGGCUACUGCUGAGACAGAAGUCGAUGCGGAUAAACCUAUUGAUCCUCCUACAUCAGUCAAACCUGAUGACAGAAGUUCACCGGAUGCUCUGGAGCUCAUAAAUUCAGCUUCAAAGACAUUACCAGCAUCACCGAGUUCCGUCACUCGGACCAACAAGCGGUGCAGGUCCACUGAAGUGACAAGCGAGAGGCGCCGUAAUGUUAACGUUCGUUCACUGAGCGGCGGGUCGCGGUCUCGGGCGGCACUGAUGGUCGCUUGUGCCCAGCGUAAUAGACACGCUUCUUCUCCCGUCACUUCUGCAACACCUGCUAGGAAAAUGAUCAUCGGCUCAUCGUCAGAUGAAUGUUCGCCUCCUAUUCGUGACCUGUCUGAGGCGGUCCACACAUCUGCCCAGUUCACACCUCCCACCGGCAAGAGACUGCAGCUCACUGUCACGCCGCACAGCGAACGUCUGUGGCCGCGGCACAGACCUUCACCCGCGGCGUCGCCUGGUGGCAGCAUCCUCAAGAAACCUCUCACAGAUUCCGGGACGAAAGGCCGGCGUGUGAGCUUCGCCGACCCGCCUGUGUCAGACAGCGUUGUGAUCCACAAGGACGAGUCCAGGGACCACAGCAGCAGUCCGCGCGUCUCAGAGGCCCCCACCAACGAGAGCAAAGUGCCGCUGAGUGUGCGAGCUCAGAAACGCUUGGAUAUGAGCCGCGCUGCCUCCUUAUCUGCUGUUGUUCAAAUCGGGCCUUCCAAACUUACCAAAAUCGUUCACCCUUCAACCUUACCACAACUGCCUUCUCAAAAAUCCUUGGCGCUGCUGGUGGAGAACGGCGGUGACACCAAGCUUGAUGAGGAAGAAGAAGACGACGACCUGUCAGCGAUGAGCUGCAGUCAGGGCAUCUACAGCAGCCUUGCUGGAUGCUCAGCGCCUCUAGCAUGUCUCCUGCCAUACCUCACCAGCCCCUCCCUCAUCUGCUCCCUUGAGGCGGUGCUGCGACACCGCGGCCUCACGAGCGUAGGACACGUCGCCAGCCUGACGGAGGGCGACCUUACCUCCCUGCCCAUCAAGCCCCCCAAGCUCCAGAACACCGUCGCCGCUCUCAAGCUCUUCGAGCAGAAUGCCAGUGUUGAAAGUGGCAAAGUGCUGCUGGAGGAGCCGGCAGAACGUCCAGAGAGGGAGUCGAGCGAGUCUGAACUUUGGGGGCUCACAGGAGAGGGGCCUUCUGCUGCAGCAAUGGCUGUUGAAGAUCCUGUUACUGAGAACGAGGAUAAUACACUUGGAAAAUUGAAUGAAACUUCCACUCUGAAUAAGGAGUAUGUACCUACAAGAGACGGAGUUGAAAUAACAUCUCGUUCUAGCGAUGAAUCUGCCACUCACAAUUAUGGUGAUUCAGCCAUCAGAGAUGAUCAAGUCGAUGAUCAAGAAUUAAAUAGUGAAAAAUCAUUUGGUGUUGAUCCAACUACUGACCCUAUUAUUACUUUGAGUGAUAGACAGUCGAGGGAAGAGGAUGUUGUCCUCUCUAAUAGCGAAACUGGUCCCUUAGUGGAUUCGAAUAUGGAAACUGAAGAGACGAGUGAUAAAAUGGAAAAUAAAGUGGUCACAAUGGAUAUGGAUUCUGAGGAUGAUGCAAUGCUGUCGGGAACUGAAACUGUCCAUGUUGAUUCAACUGCCUUAGCUGAGACCCAGGGUGAAAACAGCGAUAAAGAGAAUUCAUCUCCUGAGCGAAAAUCAUCUCAAAAUGAAACAUCUUCUGACAGUAGUCUGGGGCGAAGUGCAGUGUCGGUUUCCAAGUGGCGAGACCCCGUCUCGUUGGCGCGUCAGGACCGCAGUGAGGGACCGAGGCAGGUGCUUGCAGAGCUCCCCAUCGGUCUCGACGUCCCGUCUGACGAAGAGAACGAGGAGGCCUCGCCUGACCUCAACGAGGACGUAACUCAAGACUCGUCUGCUGGAACCAUCGCCGAAAGUACUCCAAUUAAUAAUUCAGGUGCUACGACGCCCAUUGCGACUCCAAGCUCUGACCUCAGCGAAGAACAGCUGGUAUCUUGGAUGCGCGCUCUACCUCCUGAGAGAAAGAAGGCAGCACUGGCUGCCGUCCUGUCAACGCUCGAAUAUUCUGAAGUAUUAGAAUCGUUCUUUCACUAUUUGCGACAACGAGAAUAGCUGACCAACUUCAGUGCCCGAUCGCGCGCGGAUGAUUGCGUAGGUUAAGCGUUAUUUUUCUAGCUUUGUACUCCUGUGGUGACUGUUGUUGUCACGCUAUUAACUCCAAUUAUUGAACAAUUGUUCGCACAAUAACGUAGCUUUAGUUUCGUAUUACUAUCCUUAAUUUAUAGUUUCUUUCUCAUUCAUUUACUGCAAUCUUUGCAUAAUGUACUCGUACAUUAAUUAAUCUUAACAUGCUCUGACUGAUUUGAUAUUGAAUUGCAAAUAGGAAAUGCAGUUGCCAAUAACCAUAAUCUAUUCUUUCUCGUCUAAUUGUUUUGAAUUUAUUAUUAUUUUUUUCAAUAUUGAAGCGUACAUAUCAGGAUGAUAUUCAAUGCUCGUUAAAUUUAAUUAUUAUGGAGGCGUAGCUGUGUGUGGUGUAGCAUUGAUACAUUUUUUCGUUUAACAAAUGGAAAUUCGUUACUGUUUUAUUACGUAGAAACUGUAAUAAAAGUACAGAUCAAAUUAGUACAUAUCAAUAGAUCUUC